AUGAGCAGCGCCGAGAUGGGCAAGUUCAACAUCUCCCCCGACGAGGACAGCAGCAGCUACAGCUCCAACAGCAACGACUUCAGCUACCCCUACCCCACCAAGCCGGCUGCCAUGAAGAGCCACUAUGCAGAUAUUGAUCCAGAAAAUCAAAAUUUCUUGCUCGACUCCAAUCUUGGAAAGAAGAAAUAUGAAACUCAGUAUCAUCCGGGUACUACUUCCUUUGGAAUGUCAGUAUUUAAUCUGAGCAAUGCUAUUGUGGGUAGUGGCAUCCUUGGUCUUUCUUAUGCCAUGGCUAACACUGGAAUUGCUCUUUUUGUGAUACUCCUGAUGGUUGUCUCAAUAUUUUCUUUGUAUUCGGUACAUCUCCUUUUGAAGACUGCCAAUGAAGGAGGAUCUUUAUUGUAUGAACAGUUAGGAAUGAAGGCAUUUGGCAUGGCUGGAAAACUUGCUGCUUCUGGAUCAAUUACAAUGCAGAACAUUGGAGCUAUGUCAAGCUACCUCUUCAUAGUGAAAUAUGAGUUACCAUUGGUCAUCAAGACAUUUAUGAACAUCGAAGAGACCACAGGAGAAUGGUAUCUUAACGGCGACUAUUUAGUGCUGUUGGUGUCUGUCAUCCUCAUUCUUCCCCUGUCCUUACUGAAAAAUUUAGGAUAUUUGGGCUAUACCAGCGGCUUUUCCUUACUUUGCAUGGUCUUCUUUCUGAUUGUUGUAAUUUGGAAGAUGUUUCAGAUCCCUUGUCCUAUGGACAGUGACAUAAUAAACAUGACACAUUUAGCAAAUGUGACACUGGCAUCUUUGGGAGAUGGAAACAUAACAAGUGAUGACAUGUGCAAGCCAAAAUACUUCAUCUUCAAUUCACAGACUGUCUAUGCUGUACCAAUCUUAACAUUUUCUUUCGUCUGCCAUCCUGCAAUUCUUCCUAUCUAUGAAGAGCUGAAAAGCCGGAGCCGUAAAAGAAUGAUGAAUGUGUCCUAUGUAUCUUUUUUUGCCAUGUUCCUCAUGUACUUAUUGGCUGCUCUCUUUGGAUACCUGACAUUUUAUGGAAGAGUCGAACCAGAACUGCUUCAUACCUACUCUGCUUAUCUGGGUGCUGAUAUUCUUCUUCUUAUUGUGCGUCUUGCUGUACUUAUGGCUGUAACCCUUACUGUACCUGUAGUUAUUUUCCCAAUCCGCAGUUCCAUCACCCAGCUGUUGUGGGCAGGGAAGGACUUUAGUUGGUGGCGUCACUGCUUCAUUACAGUUGCUCUUCUGGCAUUUACCAACCUGCUUGUUAUCUUUGUCCCUACUAUCCGAGACAUCUUUGGCUUCAUUGGUGCAUCUGCAGCUGCCAUGCUGAUCUUUAUACUUCCUUCUGCCUUCUAUAUCAAAUUAGUGAAGAAGGAACCGAUGAAGUCAGUGCAAAAGAUUGGGGCUGCGCUCUUCUUUCUAAGUGGUAUACUUGUGAUGACUGGGUGUAUGACACUGAUUAUUCUAGACUGGACCCAGAAUGUUGAAUCUGAUGGCCAUUAACUGUCCUGGUUUAAUCUCUAAUACUCCACUUCAAAUGCCAGUGUUCACUCAGAUACCUACUGAGAAUGAAAAUGAGCUAUUCAGCUUCCUUUAAAAUGCAGAUUCUUUGUUGAUGGUCCUUCUGAUUGUAGAAUACCCGAACUCUGUCUCUAAGGAACUAUUCUGCAUGAUGGAAGUGGAUAUUAACAUCAAACCACAUGAGUGUCUGGCUGAAGGAAGUGACAACUUUAUUCCAUUCCAGAGAAUGGACAGAACUCUCCAUAGACUUUUAUCAAGCCAUGUUUGGCUUUUGUCAUUGUUACUUGGAUAUUUUGUUAUUUUACUUGAAUGUGCCUAAUGGAACCA